GCCUACAUAAAUCAACAUCGAUUAAAUAGUGAAUUCAAAGAGUUAGUCUCACAAUUACACAUUUAUCAGAAUCAUGUUAACCUGUGGUUGAAAAUGGUAACGGAUAUACGAAGUUCACUGAAGGAAUUAGGCGAUGUUGAAUGUUGGUCAAUGAAAAUGGAAGAAGAUGCAAUGCUGAUUGACCAUUGUUUACAAACAGUUCUUAGUCGUUACUAA